GGAACUUUCCAGCUACCUGCUUUAUUUACCACUAAAUGCUAAACUUAAAACACUGCAGAAAUUAGCAGUUAGUCCUACAUGAAAGUUACAAGCAGAGACAGAGUUAUUUUGUUUUAAAACCUGGGUUUUUUAAAAGAAACUAGUGUUAAUAUUAGUAAUUUUAUCACCAUAAAUCCACUUACAAACAUCACUAGUAUAAAUAAAAUCAUUCAAGCCUCCCCUAUAAACCAUCCACAGCUUCAUCCAGGCUGGGGCAUAUGUAAUAACAGUUAACAUGUAGCUGAAUGAGCUCACGAACACUCACAGCUUCCCUGUCAAGCGACUUCUAAUAUGCCAUUCUGUAGGUGGGGAAACUGAGGCACAGGGCAGCUAAUACCCAAGCUCAUACAUAGAAAAUGGGAGGGGCCAUUCAGUUAAUCCCUAUACUGGGUUGCCAUUCAUGCCCAUUUACUGAACGAGUUCACGUUUUCAAUUUCCAAAUAGUAAAGGUGUGUUCCUUCCACGAAAGGUUGGCUGAGCUUGACUGCACGAGGGGCAGUGCCACUGUCCUGGCCCCGCUCUGUGGGAGGUUUGGGUUCAGUGUUGACCUCAUGAGGCUAAGACAUACAAUAUGCAUACGCAUAACCACUUUCCAGCUUAACCGUGGUGGUGUCCUAACAAAGGUCCUUCCCUGGUUUCUGCAGCUGUUUGAAAGGGCGCAUUUGGCCAGCUGUCGAGGAAGGAGCAGAAGUGGCACUGAGUGUGAUCUAAGAGACUGCGGCAUUGUGAGACCCGGUGCUAGGGCUCCCCUUACUGUCUGCUGAGCCCACCCUCAAAGCCAGUGAGCCUGGGCCAUUAGCCAAGGCCCCGGAUCUCUAGACCGCACUUUCUUCCAAGGACAAGAUGUCUCCCAUUAGGCCAGUGGCUUCAGUCACUCCAGUGAUUUUGGAAAACGCAUCAAGCUCUUCCGAAAUCUAACAAGCUUGUUGCCCUCUCACGUCGUGGAAAAGGGGUCCCAAAGGAAAGGGGCCCUCAAGUCUUGCCCGUGGUGUCCGAGAAGCCGCUCGGUGUCACAAGCACUUGAAAGUUGCAAACGUGGCCAAGAGAGAGCCCACAGUCUUCAGCCUAACUUCCUUGUAAUGAGACUUGCUCUUCUUCCCCCGACCGGGAGUUUCCAAAAGCCAAGUAUCUCCAGACUGCAGCCCUCUGGCUUCCUCUUGCGUGGGUGUGCUCCCAGCUGUGGAAACCCGCCGUUCCUCGCGCCGUUUCACUUCCCCGGCGUCCCGGGGCCUGUCCCCGCUCAGCGGACCCGGCCGCCUCCAGCUCCCGGUGAGACGACUGCCGGGGCCUCCGUGCAGCCGGGGGCAGCGCACACGCGGGCGCCCUUCCUUGCCAGGCCUCGGAGGGGCCCCAGAGCUGCCGCCGGUACCAGCGGCGCUCUGAGACCGCGGGCGCCCCGGAACAGCGCACGGCCGGAAGCGAGCCCCGCGGUGGGCGGCGCCUGCAGGCGGCCUCGGGGUGCCCUGCGGGCGCCCGGCCCUGGGCCUCGGUUCCCGCGCCGGCGCCAGUCCCCGGACCGACGAGAGCCGGGCGAGGCCGGCGGCGGGAGGGCCAUGCCUCGCCUCCGCCUGCUGCUGCCGCUGCUGCUGCUGCUGCUGCCGCCGCGCCCGGGCGCGAGCCACGCGGGCCCGCCGGACGGGGCGCAGGAGCCCCUCCCGGGCCUGCGGGAGCGGCUGAGGGAGGCCGCCGCCCUGUCCCGGCGCUACUGGGCGCUCCUGCGCUGCCACGUGUGGCCCGAGGACUGCGACGGCGACGAGGAGGCUCGCGCGGGGCCCCUGGGCUGGAGCCUUCCCCUGCUGGGCCGGCAGUACCUGGACAUCCUGACCUCCUGGUACUGCAGCUUCCAGGACUGCUGCGGCAGCGGUGACUGCAGGAUCUCCAACAACCUCACAGGCCUGGCAUCGGACCUGAGUGUACGACUGCAUGGCCAGCAUCUGGCCCGGGAGCUGGUCCUGACAGCCGUGAGGGGCUACUUAGAGCCGCCGCAGCCACACAAGGCCCUGGCUCUGUCGUUCCACGGCUGGUCUGGCACAGGCAAGAACUUCGUGGCGCGGCUGCUGGCGGAGAACCUCUACCGGGAUGGGCUGAGGAGCGACUGUGUCAAGGUGUUCAUCGCCACCUUCCACUUUCCUCACCCGAAGUACGUGGACCUGUACCAGGAGCAGCUAACAAGUCAGAUCAGGAAGACACAGGAGCGCUGCCCCCAGACCCUGUUCAUUUUCGACGAGGCCGAGAAGCUGCAUCCAGGACUGCUGGAGGCCCUCCGGUCACACCUGGAAGGCCAGGCCCCCGAGAACCACAGGGUCGAGUCCCCGAGAACCGUCUUUCUCUUUCUCAGUAACCUUGGAGGCAGUGUCAUCAAUGAGGCUGUCCUGAAUCUGCUUAUGGCCGGAUGGUCCCGGGAAGACAUUAAGCUGGACCACUUGGUGCCCCAGCUCGAGGCCGAGAUUGCCAAGUCCACAGACAGUGGCUUUGGCCAGAGCCGUCUUGUCAAAGAAAACCUGAUUGACUUCUUCGUCCCCUUCCUGCCACUGGAGUAUCGCCACGUGAGGCUGUGUGCACGUGACGCCUUCCUGAGCCAGGAGCUCCCGUACACAGAAGAGGCACUGGACCAAAUUGCCAAGAUGAUGGUGUACGUCCCCAAGGAGGAGCAACUCUUCUCUUCUCAGGGCUGCAAAUCUAUUUCCCAGAGAAUUAACUAUUUCCUGCCUUGACUGCAAGAGGAGGACUUCCUGAAGCCGCCUGCCCUCCUCUAACAGGGCCCAUCGGGGCAGGCUGGCCUCCCGCGGUCACUCACCCACACAAGGUGUGGGAAGAAGGCGGGCCUCAAAUCAGAAGCGGAGCCAGUUCUUUCAGUCACUUGGUGCCUUAAAAAGCCACGUUCUGAAAUGUGGGCCAGGUGGUCGGAGAAAGCCACAUGGAAGAUACAUCUCAGCUCUUGCUUGCAGACGCCUGUGGCUGUGGGACUCCUGGUGACAGGGAAUGGAACAAUGGAGCUGCUCAGGUUUACGGGACGGGCGGCUUAGUUUUCAAGUUGUUCCCCAAGGGAAGCUGGGUAGCUUCUGUGAGCAGAUGAGCAAAGAGCCUCAGGCUAAAGGAAAAAGUACAUAGAGUUAUAUACAUAUAUAUAUAUAUGUAUAUAUAAAUCAUGUCAGCAUAGGUUAUGACUAAUUCUCUUGUAAAUCUAAAAGAAAAAUUUAAGUUAGGGGCUUUGACAUGCCUGUCAUAUAUAUAAAAAUUAAAAUUCUGUAUUUUUCUAGAA